AUGCAUAUGAGAAAAAAAGAUUUCCUUUUACAAGAUCUUAGUAAAACGGAUUUUACCGAACAUAAUGAUUUUCAAAAGGUUUGCGUUACAUUAAUUAAACGUUCCCCGUAUGAACUGCCUAAACAUUAUAAUUCACUUAUCUCGCAUAAACAACAUCAAAGAGCAUUAACAGACGGCGUCACUCCAUCUGUCUGCUUCACAAGGUCAUCGGUACUUGACUUCGUUGUAAACUACAGAAAGGGAAUUGUAAUCGAUCAUAUGUUCCUAGCCACUUCUGAUAAAACUAGAAGAUUAACUCAUACUUUUCGUUGGGUAUACAAGUAUUUCAGCACAUUGACAGGAGUUAGAGAUUACUAUAAUAUCUUAAAUGUCAAAAGUACAGCAUCCCCAGAAGAAAUUAAAGCUUCCUACUUAGAUCUAUCUAAAAAGUACCAUCCUGACAAGUGUUUAGAUGAUAAAGCAAAGAUACAUUUUGCCGAAGUAAGCGAGGCGUAUUCGGUCCUUGGGAGGUCGGAAUCUCGUCAAGAAUAUGACUUAAAUAGAAAAGUCAAUGCUUUUGGAAUUAGUGCUGAUGCUUUUCGAAUGCAUUAUCCUCAUCCACCACCUGAUCUUGACAAGGUUGGUUUUGAAGCUUAUGGGGACGAAAUGCGAAGAAGAUGGGUGGAAAAAAUGACACAGUGGGCAAAAGCACAAGGUCAGUAUGAACUCGAAAGAGGCAGAGCAAUGAAACCUAGCACGGGUGUUUAUCAAUUUGUCCCUCCAAUAACCGGAUAUACUCAUACUAAUGGUCUUCUUUUCAUUUCUACAUUUUUAGCUGGUGCUGUAUUACUCAUAAAAUCACUGUCAUAG